GGGCCGCCGUCUCCGCCUGUCGCUGGCUCCGCGGCCGCCGGCUCCGAGGAAGCGAGGGCGGAGGGGAGGGGCAGGCGGCGCCCGGGAGGGAGGCACCGGGCCGCAGGCCAAGACGACCGGGGUCACAAUUUGGGUUUGUAGCAAAAAUGCUUUCAGAACAGACAGCAGCCCUGGGGACAGGAUGGGAAUCAAUGAGUGUUCAGCUGGAUGGAGUGGAGCCCCAGGUGGAAAGGGGAAGCCAGGAAGAGGGGCCAUGGAGAACAGCACCAGGGCCACUGGAGCACCUGUGCUGUGACCUUGAAGAGGAGCCACAGUCGCUUCAGGAGAAGGCUCAGUCGGCUCCCUGGGUUCCUGCCAUUCCCCAGGAAGGGAGCACUGGAGAUUGGGAGAUGGCAGCUGCACUUCUUGCAGCUGGAUCACAGGGCCUGGUAACCAUCAAGGAUGUGUCACUGUGUUUCUCUCAGGAGGAGUGGCGGAGCCUGGACCCUUCUCAGACAGACUUUUAUGGAGAAUACGUCAUGCAGGAAAACUGUGGGAUAGUGGUCUCUCUAAGAUUUCCAAUCCCCAAACUGGAUAUGCUUUCUCAACUAGAAGGAGGGGAAGAACAAUGGGUUCCUGACCCCCAGGACUUAGAAGAGAGGGACAUUCUGAAGGUCACAUAUACAGGAGAUGGAAGUGAGCACGAAGGGGAUACCCCUGAACUAGAAGCAGAACCUCCCAGAAUGUUAUCUAGUGUGUCUGAAGAUACCGUUCUCUGGAACCCAGAGCAGGAUGAGAGCUGGGAUUCCAUGCCCAGGAGCUCCAGAGGCAUGCUCCUUGGCCCACCAUUUCUUCAGGAAGAUAGCUUCUCAAACCUUCUGUGUAGCACAGAAAUGGAUUCCCUGUUAAGACCGCACACAUGCCCCCAGUGUGGGAAACAGUUUGUGUGGGGCUCCCACCUUGCCAGGCACCAGCAAACACACACUGGGGAGAGGCCCUACAGCUGCCUCAAGUGUGAGAAGAGCUUUGGGAGAAGACAUCACCUGAUCCGACACCAGAAAACCCACCUACAUGACAAGCCCAGCAAGUGCUCUGAGUGUGGAAAGAAUUUCCGAUGCAACUCCCAUCUGGCCAGCCACCAGAGAGUACACGCAGAAGGCAAACCCUGCAAGGGCCAAGAGGUUGCAGAGAGCCCUGGGGCUCGGAAGCGGCAGCGCGCUCCGCCAGUGCCAAAGUGCCACGUGUGCACUGAGUGUGGGAAGAGCUUUGGCCGACGGCACCACCUGGUGAGACACUGGCUGACGCACACCGGGGAGAAGCCCUUCCAGUGCCCGCGCUGUGAGAAGAGCUUCGGCCGUAAACACCACCUGGACAGGCACCUGCUGACCCACCAGGGACAGAGUCCCCGGAGCAGCUGGGACAGAGGGACAUCUGUCUUUUGAAAUCUGUUUCUGUUGCAGCUGUGGUCACAUCUUUCAACCGGUGCUACCAGGAGUCUCUGCCAGAGCUGACCCUCUCCUGCACCCCCGUGGCCAGAGUCAUGAGUCCCAGUCCAUCCCUAGAAAGAUGAGGUUCCAGCAUUGGCCAGAGUAUUUCUCACCAGUUCUAUGAGAUGCCACAUAAAGUAGAGUUCUUUGGGCAAAACUUUUGGGAAACAGUGCCUACUGCAUGGGCUGAUAUUCAGCCUGAGCCCAUUCUCCAGGGUACAGUGGUACCAGCAGUUUUUGGCUAAGGCCCAAACUGCUUGGAUUGGUUGGUUGGAGCUUAUGCCAUACCAGUCGUUAAAUAUUUUGAGUAUCACCCUUCCAUAACAUAACUAUUCUCUCUCUCUCUCUCUCUCUCUCUCUCUCUCUCUAUAUAUAUAUAUAUGAAGAGAAAGACCAUAUUGGCAUAUUAAAGGCUCUGAAAAUUUAUGCAGUAGAGCAAAUGGUUAAGCCUCUUUUAAUGCAGUGUUUCCUAAAUUUAUUUGACUUCAGUAUCCUUUUUAUCUCACAUCCCACAGAACUGGUGACUCCAUGAAACAUACUGGUGAACACUGGGUUAGAGAGUAACGAGGAAACAGGAAAGAGAUAGUGAUCAGGCACCCAGAGCCCCCUUUUUUAUCCAGAUGAAAGCUGAGGGGCAGACCUCAUUCUUGUGUGGGCCCAUCAUCCUUACACCGAUCAUCUGAAUAUACAUCCACACCUCUCACCCAACCUGCUGAAAAACAGAAACAAUAACCUUCUCACCCCUGUUCCUGCUCCCUUCACCCUGCAUAUACAUAUAUCCAGCUGAGACACCACACUACAGUGCUAAGAGAUGGACCUUAUACCCCCAAGUAACCCAGGCCCACACAGAAGAAAAAUACUUUAUCCCCUUGAACAGACCCCUUUCCUCUUGACAGUGUCUUUAUGUGUCUGUGUAUCUGUGUGCAGGGUCUUUGAAGAGAGCAUGCAAAGUGCAAACUGUAUAAGCUAGAUUUUCUAGGGGCUAUGUUCUGGGGAUGAGGGUAGUGGGGAUUGUAAGGAUUUUUUUGUUUUGUUUCAAGAUAGUAAGUAAGCUGAGUGAUCAAGGGAGCCCUAGUGGAAAGGGUCAAGUUGUGGCAGUUGAGGUAUAAAGCCUUCCCCAGUAUCACUGAGAUCAAGAUAACUGUGGAUAUUUAAGUCUAGGUCUGAAUCUGUGGGCCACAGAUUCUUUUUGCCAAAGUGGAGAGAGAAAGAGACACCCUCAGUGAGGUGAGCUGUUUCUUACUGAUUUCAAGCAAGGUACAUAUAGAAGCUUUGUGCUUAGUGGAUUUUUUGGUCUUGUUUUAAGUGCUGGGAAAUUAAGGCAGGAGUCACAGUGCUUGCAGGUUGUUAUCACCACUCUUGUUUGACCUUGACUGCCUCAUCAAGGGGGCAGAGUUAUUCUUGUGGAUCUCAGUCCCCUAAACAGAACUUUAGGGGAAAUGGCUGUGGCUUAGCUAUUCAGCUGAUGCAGGGUAAUGAGCUUUCUGGUUGGUUUUCCUCCCAAUUCUGGAAAGGUGUCUGCCCUAAGACUCUCCAACUCCAGAACUUGCAUAAGUAUUCUAGCAUCCAUUAGUUGAUGAGUUGGUCAUUGUUUCUCUUUGUUGAUGAUGUGUUAAUACCAAUCUUAUCAUUUAAAAACUACCUUGUAUGUAAGAGCAGUUUGGGGUUAGGGAGGGAGAAAAGCAAAGAGGAUGGAAGUGGGAUAUUUUCUCUUUAAUGCUUAGAUUCUGGUUUUUCCUUAACACACAUUUCUCAACCACAGUUGGUGGAAUUAACCAGAGAGGCAAGAGGAAGUUAGCUGCAACAGUCUAGUUUAAUGACUGUUCCACUUGCUUAGGAAAAACUGGGUGAAUCAUAGCUCCUUAGAGUCCUGGGCCCAAAUGGAGCCAAAAAUAGGGUCAUUUUGCUCACUGGGCUUCUUAGAGUGGGUAUGACUUGAGCAACCCAGCCCCUACCUCCCUUCUGCUCAGAGCAGCCUUCCCUCUUUGCCUAGAAUGUACUUCUCUUGCUUAUGUUCCUAUGAAUAGAGCAAAAUGGCCAGCCCUUUCUUUGUAAGGCAUCCUUGUCCCAGGUCCUCAGAGACAGGAGCAUUUUAGGAUCAGUAUUAGGAGAUGCCCCAGGGCACAGGAAAAUACUGGGUUCCACUGGCAAAACUGGACUAUGCCAUUUCUUUUACCCUCCCACUAUGCCUCAUUCAUUAAUACAAAUCAGCUCUAUGUGAGCAAUGGUUCAGAACCUGUUUUGGAUCACAGGCCCUUUUGAGAAUCUGACAAAAAACCAUAAACUCACUUUUGAGGAAAAAAAGAUAUUAGUAAUUCACUCAGUUUUGCAUACACAUUUAACAGGUUCACAGCCCAUCCAUGGAUUCACUAAAUGGGGGUCAAAGAAAGGAGUCACCCUGACCCAAUAUGGUCAUUAUAUAUUUGUGUCAAGAAUUACAAGGCAAGGAUCACUAAACAUUUUAAGGACUAAGAUACCAGAGGCGAUAGGAUAUAAGGAGUGUCUAGUCUUUAAUGACUUGAAGGGUAUUGCUUACAUUCUACUCUAUGUUUUUUAAAAAAUUCAUAUGACAUGCUGACAAAUCCAGCUCCUCACGAACCUUGUUUUAAAGACUUGUAUGAGGUGACUGUCCAUACCAUCGGAUCAUGCCUCUUAAUAACCAGGUGUUAACCUCCAGCCUUUGAUCUGUUUUAGUAAUUGUAAGGUGAGAAAGUGAAGCCCCCGAAGUGUAGGUGCACUCAUAGCACCCAACUGAAAGGCAACAUGGCAUCUAAGGGCAUUCUGCAGAAGGGGCAUCCCUUUAGGUCAUUUCUACUGUACUGCUGUCUUCUCUACCUCCGUCCAACACCACUUCCCUUGGACGAAAAAUAAAAUAAGCAACAGCCAUCAGCUGGGCAAAGAGAUUUGAGUGAUUUUUUCCACAGGGAACACUCCCAUCUUCCUCCCAACUGCCUCUGCCACAUGUCUACCCUAUCCUAUCCCCUUUAAAUAAAAAAUAUCUCCGUGUUCUCUCUGAGCAAAAUGUAAAAUAGGGAAGUCCAUAUUUAGGAACCUGUCACCUUUUUCCCUCUGUGUGGUGCCUCUACCCUAUUCAGAGCCCAAGUAUCCUUGCCUUUCCACCCCAUCAGAGUAUCUCUGCAAAGAAUCCCUUACAAUGGAGAUUGUAACCAAAGGGUUAGCUUUCUCAGAGCUAUCUACAUUUUAAGCUGUAGUUCUGAUAGUGGAAGUGGAAAAAGGAAAAGAUUUUCCCUUGUUAAAGUGAUGUUAUGCCUUCAGGGAGCAAAGGGGUGAUAAUUUGGGACAAAAUCCUCCCCUUUCCAGCACUCCUACAAUCAAACCACUGUUUCCUAUUUCCAUCAAGGGCAAGGUGAGCCCUGACUCAGAACCAGAGGUUCCAGAAGACAAGUUCUUUCCAUCUCUAUUCAGUUGAGUGCACUGGAUGGGGGUGAGUGGGGUUGGGCAACAACGGAAAAGUGAAAUCUAUUCCCUUAGGCCCCUUAGAGAUCCUGAGAUGGCAAAGUUUAUUUCUAUUCCAUCAGAAACUUUGGGGAUGGAACCCAGCAAUCGGUCUUUUAACAUACCUACCAGGGUAUUUGAUGUAGGCUCAAGUUUAAGAACUACUGGCUAGGAGAUUCAAAUUCCAUUUUAAUCAGUGGUUCCUCACCAUCUUCAAAUAGGGAGAGAUGGAAUCUUCACACCCCUGUUCUCAGAUUUAUUUUCUGCAAAAUCCUAGGCUAGUUGCUCCUCAGUUCAAUUCCUCUUGGGUCCCAAGUUAUUCCCCCACCCUUAAGUCAGUGAAAGAACUGGGUUAGUCACCAAUUUCAGAAACUGUGGUGGGGUAACUACCAAGCUGUUGUAAUUGGUUGGGGUUGGGGCUGGAGCUUCUUAAAUGGGUAUUGAGAAUUCAUGGGUCGAGAAAUCUGAAAAGACAAAAAGCAGACACCUCAAAGAAGGUAAAUCCAAUGUAAAACUGAAAAAUCCAAUGUAAAACUGAAAAAUCCAAAGAAAUGGUCCUCCUUUGUUAGUUAUCUGGUCCUUUUUCAGGCCUAAUAAGUUGCCCUGGAGGCAGGCGGGGUGGGCAUUCAGCACAAAGGUAGAGAGUAAGGCCAUCUGUCUCAAGCCCCUAAGGACCCAAGUAUUCCUACCCCACAAUUGCACUGGAGACCAAUAAGGGGCCAUGCAGAGGAUUCCUAACCAUGAUUUGGCCAACCCAAAUCAUGGGCAAGGGCAGCAGGAGGAUUAGAGAGCCCCCAGGACAUAAGAGGAAACCAGGCUCAUUUAGUAAGAUGUGACACAAGCAAGAUUUGAACCUAGACUCUGUUUACUUGGUAGAGGUUGUAACCAAUUAAGCCAUGGUGCCUGUGUCAAAACUGCAUCCUCCUGCUUUGAAGAUUCUGUCCAGUUCAGGCUACAGGAAGGGAUCUGUCUUGCAGGCCCUGGCCCUGAUACCUCCUCCACCCCCUCUCCUAGACAUACCCAUGAGGACAGUUGCAAACCUGCCACCUCUGUGGCGCUCUGCAAGGUCAAAAGGUUAGAGUGAACCCAGGUUUCUUCGGGGGAGGCAAUCAACCCGUCUCCUAAGGCAGAGAAGGUUGGCUACAGCUUUCUUCAACUCCAGGACUCAGGCUCUCCCUCUCUCCUUUCCUGCCACAGCCUCCGUACAGUAAGCAGAGCUCUUCCUCCACUCUUCACUCCCACUUCUCUUUUUCAGUUGGUUUGGUUUGGUUUGGCUUUCUGCUUUGUUUUGCCUGGGGAAUGCCACACCUUUCCAAGGGUAUUUAUUCUUCCCAAUUCCUAUCCUUCUUCCAUUGUAGUUUCUCGCUUCAAGUUUCUAGCCAGUUCCAUUCCAUCGUGAGCCCACUUGCUACCUGUCCCUCUGCCUACUGUCCAGUUUCUUUUCUGUCAUCAAGCCUACUAAGCAGAGUCCAUUCCUCAUAUUUCCCACUUUCUUCCCUCAGAUUCUUGGCUUGGCUGCAGCAUCUCAGCUGCCAUCUCCCCACUCUGCCUCUCUCUCUCAUACACAUCUCCCCACAUCUGGACUUGGCCAAGGUUGCCUGUACUGCCAAAUCCAGGCUCUUUACUCCCUCCCUACAGGCUCUUCUUCCCUUGAUGAAGUUUCCAUUUUUUGCAUGCUUACUACGUCCCAGGCACUGGCUGUCCCAGGCCUGGGAGACUGAGUAUGGUGAUGGCCCCUGUACUUAGCAUGUUCCUCAGCCGACUCCUCCACUGCCACCACUCUCCUGCCACACCUCAGGACACUGUGCGCCAAGGGACCCUCUUCCAGGCAACUCUGGGGGUGUAUGCCCACUUGCCAUCCAGCCCAACAGCCUAGUGCCUGCCAGAUUUCUAGCUAUUGUCUGACUUGCUUCCCUCUGAGGGACAGUGAACUUCCCAAGGAUUACCCCACCAGGGACCUUCAUCCGUAUCUUUCGAGAUCUCUAAUACAGUAUGAUCCCUGUCAGUUGAAUAAAGGAUGUAUUGGCUGUGUCGCUGUCUGCCUUUCUCCAUCCUCUCCUCUCCCUUCCAUUCUCAGCUCUUCUCUCCUGAUAAAAAGGCUGCAGCAGAGUGGGAAACACCAGACAGCUCCAGGGGGAGUCACGCAGCCAUGCAGGGGCCCCUCGCUGCCCCUCCCAAAACACACACCUCAAGAUACCACAAGUUAGGCCUCCCCACCUCCCUCCUAGUGUCUUGGCUCCCAGAUGUCACUCCCAUCAGCUAGGGAGGCAACCUGUUCUGGAGACUCAGGGAGCAGAGUGCUGAGCAGGCCGGGCCAAGGGUGAGGUGAGUGAGGGCCUAGCCCAUGAAUUUAAGGAGGCCUUCCAUCUCAGGGUCGUUUAAGUGCUGAUCCACUCUUGAGAGACCCUUAGAGUGCUGAGCCUGAGUCUGGAGCCUGAGGUGGUGGUGGUGACUGAACUGACCCCCUAGACAAAUGUGCAAUUAUUGGAAGUUUGGGGGGAGCCAGAGGAAACCUGCACAGAUGGAGUUAGACAGGAACUGGGUCCACCAGAUGCAUUCACCUUUGAGGGUGAAGAGGAUGGGCAUCUGGUAGAGGGUAUCAAGAGGACAGGGUAAGAAACAGUGUGGGGAAAAAACAUGGAAACCUGGCCUGGGUAAAACCACCAGCCUGUGACCCACUGACAUGGCCUCUCACCCAUGGAGCUUCACUGGGGUGGGGAAAGGGAAUCACUUUGCAGGCACUGGGUGCAGCCCAAAGGCUUUGCUCUUCUUCAUGGGAGUUGCCUUCAAGAGCUUCAAUCCUACUGCUUAGGGGGUGAUCUGUCUCUGCAGCGUUCUUAACACCAGCCAGCCUGUUUUGCCACCUGCCUCGUACUGCAUAUGUUUCACAAUUUUCUUGCGUUCACUCUUACUUCCCCCCCAGGCACUUGGAGUAAAACUUUUGACAUGUCUGGUCUUUCCCCUAACCAAAAAGGGGAAGAGGGAAGGAACUGACAGAGGAAGGAGAAACACAACUGUGACUGUUCAUUGAUGGACCUGUUCUCUCAGCCAGUUCCAGUGGACGACUGAAAUCCUGACUUCCUUCUUCUUACUCUCCUAUCAGUGUCUUUCCUAGCAUUGACAGGACUCAUGCUGACACCGCGUCAGUCUUCAGUUCCUCUCUUCCAAAUCCUUUGGCUUUUUAAAAGUCCUUUCCAGCAUGGUGUCCCUCAAUUAAUUCCCCGAGCAACCUGUCUUCUUGUCCUUGCUAGGCACUUAGGUUUUGGCUGGAUCUGCAGCCCAACCAGACAGCCUUGCCAUGUUAGAAGUCCUCAGAGGAGAAAGAAGAAUAGGAGAAAUCUAUUGCUUUGAGACCACUGACAAACGGAAAUAUUUUCAUGUUCUGAAAACACACUGCCCCCAGUGUGUUGGAGAACACCUUUCCCUACAAGAAACCACUAAAUUAUUAAAACACUCAAGUGUAUAAAUGAAUUCUAAACUUCUGACCUUUCCCUACAUAAAAAAAGAUGUAGAGUUAAUGAGUAGAUGGUGAGGCCCCACUCAACAUCUAUAACUGUAGUGAAGAGAGCACUGGAUUUGCAGUUAAAAGUCAAUUUCUAAAUUGUACAUUUUCUAAACAUUAGCUUUUUAAUUUAAAAUCUAAGAGAUUGUAGUGAAGUAAAAUGAAAUAGUGCAUGCAAAAGUGUAAACCACCUUAUAAACGAAAAAACUAUAACUGACAAUUAUGUGGAAAUUUCUACCUUAUUUUUGAACAAGUUACAAUUUAUACGAAUCUGAAAAUGUGUUAAAUGAAACACAUUUCUAUGUGUUUCCUACAAUUCCCAUCACCUUCCUUCACAAUACAGAACCACUUAGAUUUUUUUGUGUAAUCUUCCAGAGUUUCUUUAUACAAUUGCAAAGAGAUAUAUUUUCCUUCAUUUUACACAAAAGGUAGUUUGGUAUACUCAAUGUCUUGAAUUUUUUCCACUUAAUCUAUCUUGGGGAGCUUGUCAUAACAAUACAUAGAGAAUCUCCCCCUUUUUGUAGCUGUAUGCUGUUUCACUGUAUUGAAGUUUCACAGUUUAACCAGUCCCCUAGUGAUAUUUCCAUUAAUAUCAUUUAGUGCAAUGCUGCACUAAAUACCUUGGACAUAAGUCUUUUCACAAAUGCAUUAAUAUCUAAAAGGUAAAUUCCUAAAAGUGGUUCCACUGGGUCAAAGGACAUUUGAAUUUGUAAUUCUGAAAGCCAAAUUUCUUCCACUGGGGUCAUGGAGAUUUACACUCCCACUAGCACUGUAUGUGAGUGCCUGUUUCCCCACAGCCUCACCAAUAGAGGUUCUUAAACAUUUUAGAUUAAAAAUGCUGUCUUAUUGUUUUAAUGUGCAUUUCCCUUAUGAGUAAAGUUAUACUUUUUUCAUA